AUGAUCCCUCUCGGACUCACCUUGGCCUUGGGGUCUUUAUCAUUAUUCACAGUUCCUAUUACCGCCCAAACAUUUGACUGGUCAGCCGCAUACACCAAAGCAAAUGCGUCACUUGCCCUACUGUCCCUCCAGGACAAGGUCAACAUUGUGACGGGCAUCGGCUGGAACGACGGCCCCUGUGUAGGAAACACGGCCGCCAUCUCCUCCAUCGGCUACCCAGAACUCUGUCUCCAGGACUCCCCACUCGGUGUUCGAUACGCAACAAGCGUCACCGCCUUCACCCCCGGGAUCCAAGCAGCCGCCACGUGGGACGUCGACUUGCUACUCCAGAGGGGCCAGUACCUUGGCGCCGAGGCCAAGGGCUGCGGCGUGCACGUUCUCCUGGGGCCCGUGGCCGGCCCGCUGGGCAAGAAUGCACAGGGCGGGCGGAUCUGGGAAGGGUUCGGACCGGACCCUUACCUGACGGGCAUCGCCAUGGAGCAGACCAUCAUGGGGAUGCAGGGCAGCGGCGUGCAGGCGACAGCAAAGCACUACAUCCUCAACGAGCAGGAGAAGAACCGCGAGACCCUGUCGAGCAACCUCGACGACCGUGCCAUGCACGAGCUGUACCUGUGGCCCUUUGCCGACGCCGUGCACGCCGGCGUCGCCAGCGUCAUGUGCUCGUACAACAAAAUCAACGAGACGUGGGCCUGCGAGAACGACGGCACCCUGAACACGCUGCUCAAGGACGAGCUGGGGUUCCUGGGGUAUGUGAUGAGCGACUGGGACGCCCAGCACACGACUGUUGCGUCGGCUGUGAAUGGUCUGGACAUGACCAUGCCGGGCAGCGAUUACAGCGGCGGCACGAUCCUCUGGGGACCGCAGCUCCUGAGCGCCGUGCAGAGCGGCCAGGUAGCCGAGAGCCGUGUGGACGACAUGGUCACCAGAAUUCUAGCCGCCUGGUAUCUCGUCGGGCAGGACGGGGGCACGUAUCCUUCUAUUAACCUGCAGGCCAACGUGCAGUCGACCCAUGCCGACAACGUUCGAGCCAUCGCCAGGGACGGCAUUGUCCUGCUGCAGAAUGAAGACUCUGUCCUUCCUCUGCAGUCGCCCAAGAAGAUUGCCCUCGUUGGUUCUGCGGCCAUUGUGAAUCCCGCCGGUGCCAAUGCCUGCACGGAUCGGGGCUGUGAUACUGGGACACUGGGUAUGGGCUGGGGCAGCGGAACAGCCCAGUAUCCCUAUCUGGUUGCCCCUUAUGAUGCCCUCAAGAACAGGACCUCCGCAGACGGGACGACUUUGACCCUCAGCAGCACCGACGAUACAGGCAGUGUGUCGAGCACAGUAUCUGGUGCGGACGUGGCGAUUGUCGUCAUCACAUCAGACUCGGGAGAGGAAUACAUCACCGUCGAGGGCAACGUUGGUGACAGGAAUAAUCUCGACCCUUGGCACAGCGGCAACCAGCUUGCCCAGGCUGUGGCAACGGCCAACAACAACACUAUAGUCGUCGUGCAGAGCGUCGGCCCUGUCAUCCUGGAGACCAUCCUGGCCCUGCCUGGUGUGAAGGCGGUUGUCUGGGCAGGGUUGGGCUCGCAGGAGAGCGGGAAUGCCCUGGUGGACAUUCUGUACGGCGACACGACCCCGUCUGGGAAGCUUCCCUUUACCAUCGCCAAGGCUACCUCUGAUUAUCCUUCUAGCAUCGUGACUGGUGAGGAUGAUGAUUUUACAGAGGGUCUAUACAUCGACUAUCGGCAUUUCGAUGAGAGCGACAUUAGCCCACGAUAUGAAUACGGCUUUGGGUUGUCAUACACGAGCUUCACCUACGCAGACAUCUCUGUAACCUCCACCGCCGCCUCGGGCCCUGCAACAGGCGCCACGGCCCCAGGCGGACGGACAGACCUCUUCGAGACCGUCGCCACAGUCACAGCAACCAUCACCAACAGCGGCUCCGUCGCCGGUGCCGAGGCCGCCCAGCUGUACAUCAGCCUGCCCACCAGCGCCCCAGCCUCGCCCCCCAGGCAGCUCCGUGGGUUCGACAAACUCUCGCUCGCGGCUGGGGCUCAGGGGACAGCUACUUUUAAUCUGCGCAAGAAGGACCUGAGCUACUGGGACGUGGCUAGCCAAAACUGGAUUGUCCCGAGCGGGAAUUUCGUUGUGAGUGUUGGGGCCUCGAGUAGAGAUUUGAGGUUGAAUGCAACGCUUGCGGUUUCGUGA